AUGCCGUCAACUGAAUUAUCCGUUGGCAGCUUAGGAUCAGAUAGCCUUCCGCUAAAGACUAUCCAGCCUACACAGUAUUGGACGUUUGACAAUGCAUUGGCUUUGAUAAAAGAUUGUCAAGACCCAUACAUCUCAGAGGCAUUGGAUGAAUAUUUGUUACUCAUUAAAGACCUUAUAUUGUCUCCAUCGCCAUUCACCGCUGAAAAUCCAACACCAAAAGUUAAAAUCGAGACUAAGGAGAUAUCAGUAAGAAGUAUACUAUACACUGAUAUCACACAACAAAAUAUAAAAGACGGUGAAUUGAUUCAAAAGUAUCUUGACUUUGACCUCAAGGAGAUAAUAAGAGUCAUUGUUCAAGUUUGUAAAAAAGUCCCCCCAAAAACAGCCGUCAAGUUGAAUUUCAAGAGUAAGCUAAAUGAUGAGAGGGAUGCACAAUUGGACAAUGAAAGGAUAGGAGCAUAUGUAUACAAUAUCCUACGAGAGAGGAGGAUAAUUUUGAAGAUUGCUGGAGAGACUUUAAGUAACAAAACCAACCCAUACACUUCUUCCGUGAUACGAAAUAUCGGAAAAGAAUUGUUUUUGUCGAAGGACUACAUUGAAAAGUUGAUUAAAUUGCUCCAGGAUACUUUUAAUUCCAUAGUAAGUGGGAACUACCAAACUGGGUUGUCAAAUAGCAUAGAUGAGUCUAUUUUCAAUGAGUUGAUACUAUUUUGUAUUGAUUCGAGUAAAGUCUUAGUUGAGUUGUCGGCACAAAACCCAUUAGUCACAAAGGAUAUAGUCCAAAAGUGGUUCAAGUUUAUGCAACAAACCAACUUUUCAACUACUUUGGGGCCUCAUUUGCAGUAUCCAGAGUCAUUUGAAUUAAUUCAAGCAUUGUUCACGGUGAUAUCCAUCGAGUAUCUUGAUCUUGAUAACGCAUACGACUCAUUAGAAGCGGACCAUGGGUUAUACGUCUCCGAUGUGGAUGUCUUUGGCUUCAUCAAUGGCAUCAUAACUAGCGAUUACAACAACAACGCGAUUUUGAUAUACUGCUGGAGCAUUAUUCUUUUGAGAAAGUCUUAUUUUUAUCAAGAGUUUCCAACUUCCUCAGCUGCAAGAUCGUUUGAGGCGAAAUUUUCGGUUCUGGCCUUGGAUAUUAUUGUCAAUCACUGCAACAGCAAAAGCUUGGCUUUGGAUGUUUUUGGUUCACUAAAGAGCUUGAAUGAAAAGGUCAAGUUUGACAGAUUGUACUCGACUGUUUUGUCGUCAAUUAUUUCUGCUUCUAUAUCGUUGUUGGAAUUGACUCCAGAAAUAACCGACUCCAUCUUUGAGAUCAUGCGAAACUGUCCAACCACGGUUGUGGAGAAUUUCUUCAAUAAUGAGGCGACAAUUGAAACGUUUAUUAUUGCCAGGGCAAAAUUUCCGCUCUUGCUCUCCCCAUACAUCAAACUAGCAUCUAUUAAUGGUGAUUUUGCACUACACGAGUUUAACGAUUUGAAAUCAUAUAUUCAGGUGUACAACAGAGACCAGUUUGAUAAGCUAUACCAAAUUGACGAUCAGAACCCAGAGCUUGUAAAAUUAACCGAUGGUGUAAAUUUGUUUCCACCGUUUGAGUCAAACAAGAAGCUUGCGAUGGCGCUCACAUCAGGUACACGUGCCAAAAUGUUGCCUGCAGCAAAUCCUCAUGAAGUGUUGGUGACGUUUUUGCACCAGUACAAUGGUUGGGCUUUUGUUGGUAGGGUUUUUUACAAUAUAUCGAAAGGCGUGGUCAGCAUUGAUCAGGCAAAGGAGGAGUUGAUUCUUGAUAUUUUGAAGCUAAUGACAAGUGUUCUGAGUGAUUGUGGUGAGGACGAGAUCAAGUUGGUAUUAGAGUCCAUGUCAGCAUACACUGACGACUCUGAUAUAAUAGCAAUUAUCCUCCGAUUUCUCGAACAGUCUUUGCAUACAAGGAACGUUUCUAUCCUGUCCGCCAUACUCACAUUGUUGUCCAACUUGUUGCCAAUAAUUUCCAGCAGAGUCUGGCCAUACUUGGCAAGGUCAUUAUUGUUUUCUCAUGACGGAAAAGAAGGCUUGGCAUCUAGCAUAUUUGGUGCCGUAGAAAUGGUUAAUGGUGAUUUCCGUUUUUCAUUAGCCCUUGUUCGAUUUGCUAGAGCAUUAACUAACGAUUACAUUCUGAAUGUGACUAUUGUUGAAAAAUCAAGAGAGGAUACAUUGUUCCAUAUUGUUUCUCAUUUGGUAUUUUUGUUUGAGAAUUUCUCAUACUGCCAUUUUGCUCGUGUUUAUGACAAGUUUCAACUCGGUAGUUUGAUCUUGGACUUAUUCACUACCAUCCUAACAACAACGUAUGGAGUAGAAGAAGACUGUGUGCCGGAGAAUAAAGUAACAAGGGUGUUUGCCCGAGCAAGUAAACACAUGUUGGAUUGCUUUUUAGCGGCCGAUGCAAACUAUACGCGGACGAUUUUACCAGUAAUAAGUGUCGUCGAAGCUACUGCAUGCAAUUCUGAUUUGUUUGAACUAACCGAUGUAUCUGGCUACUGGUUUGAUAGAUGGAUUUCGCUUUCAUUUUCAUUUGCGGAAUUGGCAAUCAGCUUAAGAAGCAAGUUGAUGAUGAUUCCGCUGGCCUUGGAAAAGAGCUUAUUCGCAAAAGCAUCAGAUUUGGUGACAAUUUUUGCCAACAAUGAGUCCUACAAGUUGAUAUCUUUGAAUUUACUUGCCAGUUUGGUUGGAGCGAAGUGGGAGAAUGAGUCCCCACCGUCGUUGUUAUCGCAUUUGGGAAAUUAUGACGCUCAAGUAUUAAAACAAUCAUUAAUUUCAAGUUUGAAGAAUUCAUUAGAUGACUAUGAAUUAAAAAUUGCAUUGAAUGAAUUUAUAUGUGCUGUGAUGAAUAGUCGACAAGAAGGGCUUAUUGUAUUAUUCAAUACUGGUAAAAGUGCAUUCGCUGGGGCUGAGAAACCAAAAGACCCAUCCAGUAAGGAUUCAGAAGGUUCGAAUGAGUCUGUUGUGCAAAUCUUGAAAAAAAGCGUGAGGGAAAUGAAGUACUAUCCAAAUUUUGUCAGCGUUCAUUUAGUUGAUGCCAUUGCCUUGUCCUGUAACUCGUGGACAACGGGGAAAGAAAGUAAAUUUGAUGGUGAGUUUAUCAAAAUAUUGAUUGACCGAGUCAAGAUGCAAAUAACUGCCCCUCCGAAAUCAAUUGUCAAUUUUAUAAGCAGAUGCUACGAGAUAAAUUUGGUGGCAAAGAUUGCUGACAUCCUUGCAUUAUAUCUAUUUUCCACCAAAGAUGGAAAAUGUCGCAACCAAAUCAUUGAGUUUAUCAAUUCUGCUACUUUUAUUGAAGUCGUGAAACAUAAAUUUGAAAUCAAGCAUUACCAGCAUUCGUUGCAUGCCGAAUUGGAAGAUUCGCUCAAAAACGCAUUCCCUGACCUCGAGCUUAGGAAGUACACAAGUUCGUUAAACAAGCCAAACACUAUUGACACAAACUCAAUUUAUAAUCUACAGUUGUUGGAUAAAUUACUCGGCAAUCAAGCUCAGUGGUUAGAUAUCAGAGAGAAAAUCGUUGCUUCAAGUAUAAAUAGUCAAUACUUAUCGGCUCAGCUUGCAGGGGCGAAAUCGUUUGGUGUUUUAUUGACCAGUUUCUGUCGUCGAUACCAAGGACCAUUAAACCCUGAAUUGUUGGAUUUGGUUGACUUUUUAUUACAGAUUGAUGUUGCUGAAAACAUCCCGUCGGUAGAAUUUCGGCAAAUUUAUUUUGACCGAAUUGAACUUGGGUUUUAUCUUAUCUAUUCAUUUUUUAACGCAAAGGACCAUACUAAACAAGAUGAGUCAGUCUUUGGUAUUAUCAAAAGUGCAAGUACUUUGUUAUCAUCAAAUAGUUUGAACUUUAUUACUGAUUUGGUUGCGUCAAAGGGAACUUAUAGACCUUUAUUGCGAAUCAUUUAUUGUGCUUUGAAGAUGAUUGAAGGCAGCUCAAGAACUAUAGCGGGCAACCUAAGUUUAUUUCAGGAGUUGUUUGAUGCAAUCAUUACUAGGGGAGUCAAAUCUUUAUCAGUUGAGUUACAAAAUGAUGUGUAUUUACUCAAGAGAAGUGAUGAUAAAAAGUUGCCAACGUAUAAAUUUGGGGAAAAGUUUGAUGACUUGCAGUUGAUUUUAUCAAUUUUGAAAGUAUUCAUUUCGUUCAAGCCGGAUGAACCGUUGUUGACUAAAGGCAUAGCAUCAUCAGUGAAACAAGCGGAGACAGUAAAAACGUUGUUAAAUGUGUAUACCAUGUCUUGUUCGAUUGAUAUUGGCGAUGACUUUGCUUUUGCUCAAAUGAGUUUAAUGUACUUGUUGGAAUUGAUGUCGAUUGGAACGGUGGCUGAAUCGAUUGUGUCAUCGGGUCUUUAUGUGACAUUAUUGGAAAGUCCUAUUUCACGUCCAAUUAGAGCAGGUGGGCUUUCAGUACUGAAUGAGCCAAAGCAUUAUCGAUUAUGGAUUGAUGGAAUUUUGCCAAUAAUCAUUGCUAGCGUUUCCAAAUUGGGUGCUUCGAUUGUACCGGAAAUUUGUGUUGCAUUGCAAUUAUUUGCUAAACAAAUUGAAUAUUGUAUCAACAGUUGGGCGCGUGAUUCAUCGAGUAUAAAAAUUUCGAGUGCUGCUGUCUAUGAAACUAAUCAAAUUUUGGUGAUUUAUAAUUUAUUAAAAGCAAUGAAUGUUGGUGAUUAUUUGAAUUCAACAACACCAGCUUACUUGGACCAAAGUGGUGUCCAAAAUGAACUUGCUGAUGGUGAAGAUGCAUCUACAGUAAUUGACAUGAGGAUUAUUCCCGGAUUGGAUUCGGAAUCAAAUCGAGAUGAUUUCGUCGAUUGUAUUGAUAAUUUACUCAAGCAUCCGAAAUUUUUAACCUCGAGAAUAAUUGCUAGCUCAGCUGAAGAGAAAUUGAUUAUUGAUCGUGGCGGUGAUCGUUAUGAUGUGUUUGUCAAGAGGAUAUUUGAGGAUGUUAGAGAGAUGAAGAAUAUUUUAUCAUAG